GCUGCUCACCUUUCGUCAGCUCCAGCUUCAGUUGACGUCGCAUAAGAAACUCGCCACAACUCGUGUGCGUAGGAAUUGGAAUGGACCUUGUGAACAAAGCUGAUUGGGGAUUCAUUGCCUAAUGCAGCGAAAUUUGAUACUUUCAAAUUGGAUUAGGGAAAAGGGAAUAAAAUAAGGAAAGUCGCAAGAGAAGAAAAAAGGAAACAAAAGACGCACGCGGUUGCCACGGAACUAAAAACUUCUGUUUGUGUGUGUACGUGAGUUCACACUCUCAGGCGAGAAGAGAAGCUGCAAGCAACAAAAAAAUAAACAAAAGUGGGAGAGCAGCAGCCGCCACAAAAAGGAGACAGACAACUCCCACAGCACAAGUUCGCUAAUUUAGCCAGUAAGUUACAGUCUGAUACGAUUAGUUGGAAAAUGUGCUUCCUCUAAAAUAUAUAAACAUGCCUGGCACUCGCUCGUUGAAGAGGAUGUUGAAGAUGGAACUUGUUAAGGAGCUCUUAGAGGAAAGACAAAUUGGUGAGCAAAAGGACAAGCAACUGGCGAAGCUAAGAAUCACAAUUGAAGAUUUGGAUAAACUUCACGAGGAGGAAGACGAUAUAAUUUUAAAAAUGGAAGAGGAGAUGGACAAACAGAAAUUAUUGCACGAUCAGUUGCAUUUCGUAUCCAACGAGCAAUUAACAAUGCAGCUAGAGAAGAUUGCCAUGGAGAAUAGGUGCAGCAUAUGCCUGUGUCCCUGGGAAGCGAAGAACUAUCACCGCCUAGUUUCCCUUAAAUGUGGUCACCUUUUUGGGGAGUUGUGCAUCCGGACCCACUUGCAGCUGUCGAAUGUUUGCCCUAUAUGCAGAGAAAUAGCUGAUGGAAAUGACGUCCGACGUGUGUUAUUGAACGACAACCCAUAACAAACUUAUAAUUCAAAAUUAUUUUUUUAUAAUUACGAUAAAUCAUUAAAGAUUACCAUACCCCUAA